AAUAAUGAUAAGCAUCGGAAGGACGCAUACAGAACACAAUCUUUCACCAGAAUGCGUUGCUACGUUUGAACCUUUGCGCUUUCCGUAGUUGUUUCGUGUGCUGCAUGGGGAAUGUCAGAACUCUAGACCUGUGACGGCAUGGCGGAACAACACGCCCCCUUCGUGGCCAUGGAUGCGGUGCUGAUGCCCAGCACGGCCCUCCCAGACGACAUGCCCCGUAUCAAGGGCUAUGACUUCAACCAGGGAGUGGACCACCAUGCACUGCUCCAGUCCUUCCUCACCACAGGCUUCCAGGCUAGCAGUGUGGCCCAUGCCAUACAGGAGAUCAACAGGAUGAUUGAGAAGCGUCUGGAGCCGCUGGAGGAAGAGGAAGGAUGCGACUCCUCCCUUUCCCAUUCGGGCUGUACCAUCUUCCUGGGAUACACCUCCAACCUCAUCAGCUCUGGAGUGAGGGAGUCCAUCCGCUACCUGGCACAGCACAAAAUGGUGGACGUGAUAGUGACUACAGCGGGGGGAAUCGAGGAGGAUUUCAUCAAGUGUCUGGCCCCCACCUACCUGGGGGAGUUCAGCCUGUCUGGCAAGGAGCUGAGACAGAGAGGCAUCAACAGGAUAGGUAACCUCCUGGUACCUAAUGAUAACUACUGUAAGUUUGAGGACUGGCUGAUGCCCAUUCUGGACCAGAUGGUGCAGGAGCAGAAAGAUGAGGGCACCCACUGGACCCCGUCCAAGAUGAUCCACCGUCUGGGCAAAGAGAUCAACAACCCAGAGUCUGUCUACUACUGGGCCUAUAAGAAUGACAUCCCAGUGUUCAGCCCUGCUCUGACAGAUGGAUCCAUUGGGGACAUGAUCUAUUUCCACUCAUAUAAAAACCCUGGGCUGGUGCUGGAUAUAGUAGAUGAUAUCCGCAGGUUGAACAGCAAGGCAGUGUUUGCCAAACGGACAGGGAUGAUUAUUCUGGGUGGGGGCCUGGUCAAACACCAUAUAGCCAAUGCCAAUCUGAUGAGGAAUGGAGCGGACUAUGCAGUGUUUGUGAACACUGGGCAGGAGUUUGAUGGUUCCGACUCAGGGGCCAGGCCUGAUGAGGCAGUGUCUUGGGGGAAGAUCCGCAUGGAUGCCAAGCCAGUCAAGGUGUACGCUGAUGCUUCCAUAGUCUUCCCACUGCUGGUAGCUGAGACGUUUGCCCACCAUGCUGACAAGCUGAUUCCUGACAAGAAAGAAUAACCAAACUAACCAAGGUGUUCCCACUCCACACUUAAAGGAAUAAUCCACAUAAAAAACACCUGUUUUUUGUUUCAUUAGUCAACUGUUGAUACAGCCCCAAAAUGUUUUGCAUGUCAGCAAUCAAGUUUUCAAGAUAUAGAACUUUCAAAAGGUUGAUUCACUUGCCACAUCAUGAUAAUGCAUCAUAUGACAGUGAUCUGUCUCUGCCACAUCAUGAUAAUGCAUCAUAUGACAGUGAUCUGUCUCUGCCACAUCAUGAUAAUGCAUCAUAUGACAGUGAUCUGUCUCUGCCACAUCAUGAUAAUGCAUCAUAUGACAGUGAUCUGUCUCUGCCACAUCAUGAUAAUGCAUCAUAUGACAGUGAUCUGUCUCUGCGUCUAUUUUUAGACAUGAUGUUCUGUUUACGGACUUCUCUCCAUUAUUUCAGAAAUAAGUAUUUGCUACGGGGUACUUUUAGCGUAGCGUAAGUGUUUUUGUUGUUGAAUGACGUGAAUUGCCAUGUACCAAUGAGUGUGUGUGUGUGUGUAUGCGUGCAUACUGGCACGUUUGAGAAUGACAUUGCUGAGUGAGACAUUACUAUAUGGUAAACUUAUAAGAUAUGUUAUUUUUUUAAGUUAGUGAGAGGGUCUCUUUAGGGGAGCAUGCACUGUUAUUCAAAGAAAUGCUUACUGAGGUGAAAUGUAUUUAUUUAUUACCUAGAACCUACUCGUGUAUAUCUGAGUAAAUGAAUAAAAACAACCUCAGAAUGUUUCCAUUAUUACAGAAUAAAACAUCUGAUGUUGUCUUACUA